AUGAUGCAAAUAGGCUAAGGAAAAAAAAAGGAGGAUGAGGCGGGAAACUGUUUAGAUGCUGCCGUUGUUGUUGUUUUGUUUGUUUGUUGUUUGUUUGGUAGUAACUGACGUUUCUUAGUAACGGAUAGUUCGGGUUACGACCGCUAAUGUGAUAUGGUGUUGUUGUUGUUGUUGUCGCCUGGUGUUGUGUAGGCGAAGAUACUACCAUCUCUCAAAUCCUCUGUCUCAUCCUUCCCCUACCCUUCCUUCCCCUUACAGCAGCCCCUUACCUUACCAUUACCCAGCCCCCUCAAAGUUACCAUCCCCUUUCUCCACUAAGGUCCUUGCAGCGUCUUUCCGUACUUUUAUAAUUCAAAGGUUACCUUUGAAGUACACAUCUUCAGACUGAAAUGAAACUCCACAUCGCAGUGAAGACCGUCAAACAGGCCAUCGUGAAGGCCACUCUCAUGGGCGCCGUGCUGGGCCUUGGUGCCCUGCUCGGCGGCGCGGCGUGGAAGGCCGCGACCACCGCCUCGCGGGUGUGCGAGGCGGUGCAGGCGUGGGAGGACAAGGGCCUCCACGCCACCAACGUGUGGUGGGCGCGGGAGCUGCUGGCCCGCCAAGGGUGGCUCGGCCCCCUGCGCCCCAGUCCCCCUCUGGACCCCCUGGAGGCCUGUGGGCUGGUGCCGGGCGAGGCGUCGGCCUGCUGGUGGCGGCUGCUGCUGCAGCCCCGCCGGGCAGGGCGGCUCCUUGCCUGCCUGGAGGAGCGGGUGGUCGAGGCUGAACACGACCAUGAGGCUUUCGGGGCCCGCCUGUGCUGGGGCGUGAUCCUGGCGCUGGUGGUGCCUCUGGGCCUAGUGGCCGCGCGUCGCCUUGCCCGCCGCUGGGUGAAGGGGGUUAAUGGGCAUCAGGAAAGCCCAAGCGACGACUGUUUUGUGGAUGCCCCUGAAGCCGAUGCCGGCGAGGCACUGGUGGAAGAUUGGGAAACCCCGGCAGCCGAUGUGGAUGUAACGGAGGAAGUUUGGACAACAGCGACAGAAGAGUUCACUGAAGAGGAAUGCUGGGCAACCCCAGCAGAGUAUGUGGAGGAGUUGAUGGUGAAGGAGGAGGAGAGCAAGGCAGCAGAUGAUGAUUCUGUAGGCGCAGAGUCUACACCUACAGACUUAUCCCCUGCUGCAGACGACUGUGUGGAGUGUGUGGAGGAGCAAGAUCCUGAGGAAAUGAACGUGUUGGCCACCGCAGAGAAGGUGGAGUGUGAGGAAGUGAAGGAAGAAGGCGGUGGCGAAGAGAACACGGAGCAAGAAAGAACAGAUAGUGAUGCGGAUAACAAGGCCGCUGAUAAAGCAGAGGAAGCGGCCGACGAGCCGCCAGUUCCUGGCGAGUUUGUGCAGGACAAAGUGGUGAGCGAGGACCCCGAGGGUCUCGCGGGGGAAGAGCCGCAGAGAAGCACGCUCUGGGCGGAGGAGGCUCCCAUGAAAAAGAAAAGGAAAAGGAAGCGCAAGAACCUUGGCCCCGCCGAUGUGCUGAAGGCAUCUGGUGACGCACAUGUCCAAGACGAACACAAGACGGAUGCCAAGACUGACGUCAAGAAGAAGGCGGCGCAAAAGGCUGAGACCAAAGGAAAGGCGGUGCCAAGGGCUGAGGUCAAGGGAAAAGCGGUGCCAAAGGCUGAGACCAAAGGAAAGGCGACACCAAAGGGUGAGACCAAAGGAAAGGCGGUGCCAAGGGCUGAGGUCAAGGGAAAAGCGGUGCCAAAGGCUGAGACCAAAGGAAAGGUGGCGCCAAAGGCUGAGACCAAAGGAAAGGCGAUGACUCCUGCUGAUGAGAAAAAGACCACAGAAGUGAAGAAGAAUGUUACGGUGAAGCAGGUCACGCGGACGAAAAAGAAGCCUGCCCCGGCCCAGCCCAAGGCAGCCCCGCCCAGCCCGCCCCUCCACAGCGUGCGGCAGUCCUGGCAGGAGGACGUGGUGACGGUGCGGCUGCCGGUGCCGCCGGCCAGACGCAGGCACGUCAUCGGCCCGCGCGGGGACACAGUCCGGCAGCUGCGGCGGGACUACCCCGGCGUGCACGUGGCGGUGCCGCUGCCGAAGGACGCCGACGCCCACGUGACCUUCAGGGGCCCCAAGAGCCAGGCAGCCGCCGCGUCGCAGGAAGUCGCCGCGCGCCUCCAGGCCAUCGAGGCUCAGAUACGCGAGGCUGCACGCAUCCGCCAGCAGGCCGUGGCCACGGCGGUGCUGGACGUGGCGCCCAACAGGCGGCGCCUCGUGGUGGGCCCCGGGGGCGAGGAGCUCCUGAAGCUGCAGCAGCAGCACCCCGGCGUGAGGGUGUCCGUGCCGCCCGCCAUCGACACGGAGUCUCGCAGCGUCACCAUCACGGGGCCGCCCGCCGAGGUGCGCGCCGUCCAGGCCAAGAUCAAGAACCGCCUGGCAGCGAUCGAGCGGCAGCGGCAGCUCUUGAGGGCCCGCAGGCGGCGGCGACACCAAGGAGCGGCUUCGGCGUCAGGGGCUUCCCCGGCCAAGGGUUGCUAAGGUGUUGACGCCAGUGUCGCGUGUUGCCGCUGCGUCAGUGCGGGGAAUGUUUCAGGGUUUUCACAGGGAUUACUUACUUAACUGUUUCUUACUUAAUAUCUGAUCAUUUAUUAAA